GUUGCGGAAUUUAUAAGUUGUUUUAAUGUGAAUGUACAAUAAGUUUGUGACGGCAUCGUACGGAUUACAUUUAUGUUUUGACGAAGCAUGUGGCGGAUUGCAUUUGUAUGUAUGCAUGUUAGUAUAGUAUUGGUUUAGUAUUUAAUUGGAAUUUAUCAAUAAACCUCUUAUUUACCAUACAAAUAAAAUAAAAAUAAUGAAAGUGGAAUUUUUAAAAAACGCUCGUCAAAUUAAUAAUUUAAGUAAACCUCUUUCCAUCAACUGAAGUUCUGACGACAAUGUCAAACAUUCCCUUCUGUCAGCUGCUAAAGACCAAAUUCGAAAACUAUCUUAAUAUUUUAUUUACUUGUUAUUUAUUUUUGUAUGAUUAGUAAAGAAUUGUUAGAAAUUGUAGUCAAAUGAACCUCAUUUUCCGAAAAUUUAGAAUGGUUGGGGCAAAGAAAAUGCUAAAACACGUGCUAGAAAUACGAUUUGAGGCUGUUACAAGUGUGUUAAGUCCACAGUGUAGGCAUAAGUCUCUGACACUAGAAACUAUGAGGCAAAAUAUCGUGAAGUUGGAAUAUGCUGUGCGUGGCCCGCUGGUCAUGCGAGCUGCUGCAAUCGAAAAUGAACUUAAGAAGGGCUCAAAUAAGCCGUUCAAGAAGGUAAUCAGAGCCAACCUUGGCGACGCGCAUGCAAUGGGGCAACAGCCCAUUACUUUUAUUCGACAGGUAUUGGCUUGUGUAACGUUACCAGAGCUGAUUGAUAAGUAUGACUUCCCCAGUGAUGUGAAGCAGCGAGCUAACGAACUGUUGGACGCAUGUGGAGGAAGGUCAGUCGGAGCCUACAGCGCCUCAUACGGACUAGAAAUAAUUCGCAAAGAUGUUGCCAAAUACAUCGAAGAACGCGACGGGCACCCCAGCAAAUGGGAGGAUAUUCUUAUAACGGCUGGAGCUUCCAUGGGCAUUAAAAGUAUUCUUGGCUUGUAUUCUCCAGCAGGAGACAAACCUGAUGGCGUAAUGAUCCCAAUACCUCAAUACCCCCUCUACUCGGCCUCUCUCGUCGAAUUCGGGCUAGAAGCCGUGGGCUAUUUUUUGGAUGAGGACAACGCCUGGGGGCUAGACAUGAACGAGCUGAACAGUGCUCUGGAGAAGUCGAAGAAAACGUGCCGUGUGAAGUGCAUUGUUAUUAUAAAUCCUGGAAACCCUACGGGUCAGGUGCUGUCGCGGGAAAAUAUAGAGUCGGUGAUCAAGUUUGCACACGAGAACAAUUUGUUGAUAAUCGCGGAUGAAGUGUACCAGCACAACGUUUACGCUGAGGGCAGCAAGUUCCACUCUUUUAAGAAGGUACUAAGAGAAAUGGGCGCACCAUACACGGAUGAAGUCGAAGUGACUUCGUUUAUGACAAUCAGCAAAGGCUACAUGGGCGAAUGCGGACUGCGCGGUGGGUGGCUGGAGAUUGUCAACAUGGAGCCGGCGGUACAGGCGCACCUGUACAAAGCAUUAUCUGCGAUGCUGUGUCCGACUGUACUUGGCCAGAUUGGCACAGAUGCAGUUGCCAAACCACCAAAACAAGGAGAUCCUUCAUAUGACCUCUUCAACAAAGAGAAGACCGCUGUAUUGGACUCCUUGAAGACGCGCGCUAAAAUGGUCGUCGAUACUUUCAACUCCAUGGAGGGUUUCAAAUGCAAUGCUGUUCAGGGGGCCAUGUAUUGCUUUCCACGAAUUCAGCUGCCACCAAAAGCAAUAGAGGCGGCCAAAGCGGACGGGAAGGCGGCUGAUGUCUUCUACGCCUUCGCUUUACUAGAAGAAACAGGUAUCUGCGUGGUGGCUGGCAGCGGUUUCAAGCAGAGACCCGGAACCUACCACUUCAGGACAACCAUACUACCACAGACGGAUGUACUCAAAGAAAUGCUCAAUAUAUUCCAAGACUUCCACCAGAAAUUCACCAAGAAAUAUGCCUAGAUUGAUAUCUAUCGUAGAGUGGAUCCUAUGUCAGUGUAGUAAGAUUUAGA